UCUUUCUUUUCUGGAAUCAACGAAUGCAUUUCGAAUGUGUUUCAGCGCUAGAUGGUGUGCAAAGCAGUCCAGCUGAUUUUGACGUUGAAAAUGUAAACAAAAGUGUGCGCCAAAACGCGCUUCUCUGUCUCUAAAGUCGCAAUUUCCUCAAGAAAACCAAGGAAUUUUCCAAAAUCCUAGUGUAGAAUAAUGAACUCUUUACUGAAGAGUCCGACGAGUCCCCGGAGUCCCACACAGAGACUGGCGAGGCGGACUUUGCUGUCGCAUUCUCCAGUUUUGCGAGACAUGCUGCGAACAAAGUGUCGCAUUCGGAUGAAACAAGCCCGGGCUCAUGUCUUCAAUCGCCACAGAGAUCUCACAGAGAAUGACGAGAUGUUUAUGACGUCGAUUUUGCGAGAUCAAAUCUCCGAAUUGGACAUGGAUAUCGAGAGCCACGAGGCGGCUGUGCAGGAGCUGAUGCAAGAGGCUGAUCAGUGGCUGUUUGAGGAGACGGAGAAGGCUGACGAGGCCCUGAUUUCAGACUAUCAGAGCGGCUCCUUGACUGUGUUUUGUCCCAUUUGCCAAAAGAACCUCCUGCAGCAGGAGAACAGCGUUAUUUCCUGUCUCUGUGGCCUCCGGCUGGUGUUUGAGAAGGGACUUGAGAGAUUUCACGAAAUAAUUCAAAUCAAGGUGACUUAUCAUGAGACAUUCUGCAGCAAUCGUCUGCAGUUCUUCACGGAACCCAAGCCGGAGGCUGACUUCAGCUCAUUGUCUGCCAUCUGCCCGGCGUGUGAGUAUGUGACAAUGAUUGUUCUGUAA